AGCUCUUUUGGGUACAUUAACGAUUGCAGAAACGCUGAAAUAUUUUGGAAUAAUCUACACCAUGAGGACACACGAUAUCAAGGAAAGGAUCGAAUUUCUAAGCAAUUUUCUGGAUUUGCCUCAAAUAAAUAAAGUAGUUCAAGAUCUUAGUGGGGGGCAAAAAAGGAGGGUGUCCUUGGCGGCGGCGAUGAUACACAAUCCCAAACUGCUCGUGUUAGAUGAGCCCUGCGUUGGAUUGGAUCCGGUUUUAAGACAGAGGAUUUGGAAAUACCUGCAUGAAAUUUGUCGUGAUCAGGGGACAAGCAUAAUAAUUUCCACGCAUUACAUCGAAGAGACAAAAUUUUGCGAGAAGGUGGGUUUUAUGCGGGGUGGUCGUCUUCUUGCCGAGGACUCGCCAAAGUCCCUGCUCUCGACGCACGAAGCCGCAACAAUGGAGAAACUGGUUUUCAAGUUGUGCCAACAUGAUCAAAAAGAAUCGAAUUACCCCAAAUUUAAAUGUCUUAAUCAAUACGGCCUUCAGGAAAUCGUCGUUUUACCACCCAAAUCCCCUGCACCUCGAAAAUCUCUCAAUACAAAUGUGUACAAUGGAUCAAAAAUUUACGCCCUCAUGUUUAAAUGGUUCCACCGACACCGUAGAGAUUUAAGGUUUCACAUGUUCCAGCUUCUUCUUCCAGUCAUGUGCAUGUUCACCUUGCAAAAUGUGCUUGGUCCGGUACCAAACCGUGUAAAGCUGAGUUUUGUGCAUAAUUCUAAUCUGAGUUACACUGACGUCCUGAAAACGUACUGCAGGUCAAAUUUUCCUAACAGUUUGUCCCAAGAAUGUUUCGCGAAUGUGGGAAUUUGCAAUUUCAUUGACACAUUUGUAAAGAAUGAAUUCAUUUGGGUUCCUGCCAAUUCGUACGAGGAAGGACUUGACCAAAUCAAACAGGGCAAAACCGCAGGACUCAUCGAGUUUCCGCAAAAUUAUGCCAUGCAUUUAAAAAAUCGAAUGGCCUUUCGAAAUUUUGCGGAUAAUGAGACAAUUCUUGGCUCUACGAUAUCAGUUCGAUUAGACGAAGCCGACCGGAUGUUGGCCUUUUGGAUGAGAAGGACUAUUUUUGACCGGUAUCUGGUUUACAUGGGAAAUAUCCUAGCAUCCUGUUCCCUUCCUAGUGACAUUACCAGACCACCGAUUCAUUUCAAUGCCAUCUACGGGUCCAACGAAACGUUUGAGUAUAUCGCCUUCAUACGACCUGCAUAUGCAAUUGUGGUAAUGUUUACGGUGGUGCUGGCAAUCCCAGUUAUAAUGGCGGAGGAUAAAAUGGCAGGACUCGUGGAUAGAGACCACGUCUCCGGUGUAUACUUAUGGCAUCAACUAACUGCUACUUUUGCCACCCAAAGUUUAAUUAUCUUAGUCCAGAUUGGAAUAGUUUUGGAAAUAUUGCAUGGCUUUUACGGAAUGGUCAUUAAUGGGUCGUGGGUCACAGUCGUGGCGUUGAUGUACGCAACAGCUUUUACGGGAAUGUCAAUUGCUUUUCUUGUGGGUGCACUUUGUGACGGGCUUAUGGCAAACAUCUUAAUCAUUCUUAGCAUAAUAACGUCCAUGAUAUUUACAACGGGAAUUUACUUCCCUUUGACAAUGAUGACGUGGUGGUUUCGUCAAGUGGCCAACUUCAUCCCGAUGACACUUCUGGUCGACGCGAUGCGUUCAAUUUGUUCGAGAGGAUCAGGAAUAACAACCACAACCGUAGUGCUAGGCUUUUUAUCAGCGGGUGGUUGGAUUUCGGUUUCACUGAUCAUUACAAUUUGGGCAGGAAGGUGGAGACAAAAAUAAAAUAGGAGCCUAUAUUUUUGAUAAUUGUACAUAGGUAUUUAGAAAUGAUUCCAGGGAAAUUCAUAGCAGACGAUUCAUAGCCAUAUAGCUCGUAGCAUACAAUUCAUAGCACGUACAUACCAUAGUCGUUAUAACUGAUAGUAGUAUCCAUACAUAGUGCAUCUUUUCGUAGCACGUACAAUACAUAUUCAUAUCGCUGCGUAGCAAUACAUAGCGAGAAACUAAGUUCAAAAUUUUUUCAGCUGACCAAAAAAAAUUAUUCAUAGCCUGAGUCAGUAGCUGUGAACUCGCUUUGUCUAACACCAAGAUCACCUUCGUUAAACUCAUCUUAUCGACUUGAAAUUUUGCAUUCAGCCAAAAAAUGAGUUAAAAGUAAGCUCAAGUUCGAAAGAAGGCUGAAUAAAAAAAUAUUUAGAAUGAUAGGGUUUAAGGGUCAAGGCUUUGAUGUCGCAUAUUCGAAACAUAGCUCACAAUAAAUUGAUCCCUCACUGCAUGGUCCAUCUUUGGACUAUCUUUUCAGUAGCCCUAAGAUAUAAAGUCUUACAAUGAAGUCAAUUCUGUAACUGGUUGAACUCUAUUGGGUGAUUCAUACCGAUUUUUCAAUUAAUCCAAUCGAACUGCUUUAUAUUUUGUACACGGUUUGCAAUAGUCUCAUAAUUGCAUAACAUCUAGAAUAGAAUUUAUUGAAAAAUUUCGACAUCGACAUUGGUUGUACAUAAUUUGUAUGUAAGAUUUGGGAUUCAAAACUUACAAAAUAUUAUUAUAUUGAAGAUAGGGAUUUGUAAUUUUGGCCGACAAAAACACUAUGAAUUGUAUUACUAUGAAUCGUAUUAAGCUAUCAGAAUAAUAGCUACGAAAAAAAUGUGCUACGAAUUGUAGCAUGCUAUGAAUUGUAUUUUUGCUAUGAAUUGUACCUGCUACGAAUUUCAUGCUAUGAACCGUCUGGCACCCUUUAGAAAUAGCUUACACAUACAUGAAAUAAAGGUAUUUGUCGAACCAAUUGA